CGCGCAUGAGCAAUUCCACCUCCCCUCAGCAGCCGCCAUUCCCCGUCUCGCUCCCCGGCGGGGAGAGGACUCAGGCGCCUCCAGUCCGCUCGGCGCCGCGGAGGGCGGGGCCUGGAACCUGCGCGGGCCGGGAGCUGAGGCCGAGCCCCUGCAGCCAAUAGGAAAGAAAUGUUUAGAUUCAAAAAUGUCCCAGAUUCAUCAAGAUUAUAUGAGAGUCACCAGUGGACAGGUGAUUCCUGACUGCAAGAUAAGGUCUCUUAUGACUUCUGUCUUCCAACUUUCCCUGUUCUGACUUCAUAGUUUCUAUACUUUCCAAUAGCAGCAGAAAAUGAACAAGUUCCGGGGACCAGUAACAUUCAAGGAUGUUACUGUGGAAUUCACCCAGGAGGAGUGGCAGUUGCUGGAUGCUGCUCAGAGGACCCUGUAUAGGGAAGUGAUGCAGGAGAACUAUCGUCACCUCAUCUCAGUGGGUUAUUGUGUGAAUAAGCCAAAUGCAGUCUUCAAGUUGAAGCAAGGAAAAGAGCCAUGGAUAUUAGAAGUAGAAUUUCCACGUCGGAACUACCCUGAAGACCUAUGGAAUACUCAUGACCAAGGAGCAAGAUACCAGGAAAGCCAAGCUAAAAAUUCAAGGAAUGGAGAACUCACAAAACAUCAGAAAACUCAUACCAAUGAGAAAGCCUAUAAAUGCAAUGAAUGUGGAAAGUCCUUCUGCCAGAAGUCUGUCCUCAUAAUACAUGAGCAUGCUCAUUCAAAGGACAAACCCAGUGAAUGUGGGAAAUCUGUCUCUCGGAAUGGAGACCUCACAAGACAACAGAAAACUCCUACCAGAGAGAAGACCUAUGAAUGUAAAGAAUGUAAGAAAACUUUCUACCACCUGUCAUCUCUCAGUAGACAUUUGAGAACUCAUGCAGGAGAGAAACCCUACGAAUGUAAUCAGUGUGAGAAAUCCUUCUACCAGAAGCCACACCUCAUGGAACAUCAGAAAACACACACAGGAGAGAAACCCUAUGAAUGUACUGAAUGUGGGAAGUUCUUCUACGUUAAGGCAUACCUCAUGGUACAUCAGAAAACACACACAGGGGAGAAACCAUAUGAAUGUAAGGAAUGUAGGAAAUCCUUUUCCCAGAAAUCACACCUCACAGUACAUCAGAGAACACAUACAGGGGAGAAACCCUAUAAAUGUAAGGAAUGUGGGAAAUUCUUCUCAAGAAAUUCACACCUCAAAACUCAUCAGAGAACUCACACGGGGGAGAAACCCUAUGAAUGUAGGGAAUGUGGGAAAUGCUUCUACCAGAAGUCAGCCCUAACAGUACAUCAGCGAACUCACACAGGGGAGAAACCCUUUGAAUGUAAUAAAUGUGGAAAAAACUUUUACUAUAAAUCAGACCUCACUAAACAUCAGAGAAAACACACAGGGGAGAAGCCCUAUGAAUGUAAUGAAUGUGGUAAAUCUUUCUCUGUGAAUUCAGUCCUCAGAUUACAUCAAAGGACUCACACAGGAGAGAAACCCUAUGAAUGUAAAGAAUGUGGGAAAUCCUUCUCUCAGAAAUCACAUUUUGUCAUACAUCAGAGAAAACACACAGGAGAGAAACCCUAUGAAUGUCAGGAGUGUAAGGAAACUUUUUUCCAGAAAUCAAAACUCACUGCACAUCAGAAGACACACACAAAGGGAAAAGCUUAUAAAGAGUAUAAAUUGGGAAGUUCUUCUGUCUGAAUUUAUCCUUCAGAAUAAUCAGAUGAUAAUUUACAUGCGACAAAAACCUUAUGAAAUAUCAUCAGUAUGGGAAAAUUUCAGCCACAGUCUUUCAUCAUGGAGAGAAAGUCUGUAAAUCUUUUAGGGAGAAAUUUUUACCAUAUAUCAGACUUUUACUAAGUAUCAGACAACAUAGAUGGUAGAAACACUACAAAUUGUAAAACAUGAGGGAAACCUCUCUUUCAGAAGUCAUACUUUAUUGUACAGCAUAGAAACCAUACGAGAGAAAUCCUGUAAGUGAAUGUAAGGAAAUUUCUGUCAGGGUAGCCAUCAUUUAGACAUCCAAAAGCUCACAUGAGUGAGAAAUUCCUAUCAGUAUCCUGACCAUUCAGAAAUCUUUUUAUAUCAUUUGGACUCAGAACACUCUAAAAGGGGAUAAUCACAAAGACUGAAACACAUAUGGAAGGCUUUAUCAAGAAGUGAUGUUUUGGUGAAUGUCAGAUCAGUGAUAAAGUAUAGAGCCUUUAUAAGUAUUUUAAAUAUAUGAAAGCUUUUUAACAAAAAUUCUAAGAGACUCUGUACCAAGGGUAACACAUAUACUAGAAGUCAUGUUGCAGAAAUCUGAUUACAAGGCCGUUGUUUUUCUUUUAAAGAAACCUGCAAAUAUCUAGAUAUCUGGAGCUUUUUAAAAAGCGCAAAUAAAUUGAAUAACCAGGUGACAUCAUUAAACACAUGUGAAGAGUCCUUUAGUAUGUAGGACUUAUGUGUGAAUGUCAGUGUGCUACAGAACACAGAUUGUGGAUGUUUGAUGUGCAUGUGAACCCAUCCAUAACUGUACAUAGGGAAAUAUGUAGCCUUAUUUAGUUCAGUAACUUUUAAGUAUAUGACGAUAUCUCAUUAAGUCUCAGCAGUGACUCCUGUUAAUAGAAUGUGUAUUUAAGUGUAAUACUCUUUUAAAAUUAUAAUCUGUCUUUUCCUCCUAUUUCUGAAUGGAUAUGGAUUUUACUGAACUAAUCCUUCAGAAAGAAGCUAAAAAUGUUUUUGUAAAUUUUUCAACUCUCUCAUGGUCAGCCAAAUUUUACAUUAGGGAUACACUGCUUUUAUAGGAAAAACCUAAGUUCAUUUUAAAAAACAGCUGAAAACACCCUACACAAUAAAAAAAAUAAUGCUAUGUAAAGAAACGUCUGUCUUAGUGUUUUAGCAGAUUGCAGAGCUGUCUGAAUUUGUAUUUUGUAUGAGAGUCCUAAAUGUUCUUCACUACCUUUUUCUUCCUGGUAGAAGCAACAUGACAUAGAGGUUAAGAGUGUGGACUCUGGACUCCUACUGCCCAGGCUCAGUUUCCAGCAUGAAGCAUGCACUUAACCUCUCUGUGCCUCAGUUUCCUUUUCUAUAAAAAAGAAGUGAUAAUAACAAUAUGUUAGGAUUGCUCUGAGGUGUGAGUUAAUAUUUUUAAAGCACUUAGAAUAGUGUCUGAGACACAGGAAGAGCUAUAUGUUAGAUACUGUCAUCAUUAUAAUUUGUAUUUCUUGAAUUAUGUUGCAAAAUAAAUAAAAGGUUGGCUACCAGCA